UCGAGCCUCCAGCGACUUUUACAGGGAUUCGCAAGGACGUUCAUUGCCUUCUGGCGUCUCAUUUUGCUUUUAUUUCUCGAUCUCUUUCGUGAUUUUGACGCGUCAGAAGGAAGGACAGCCGGCGAACAGCCUUCAGAAUGUUCUGAUCUUUGUUCCUUAUCUACUAGCGACCUUAUGAGAACUGUUGUCCUUGAAGGAUCUUUGGAAGUGAUUCUCGAGAAAGGUGAAGCAUCAUUAGUCGUUCGACGUUCCUCCGAGCUACUACUUCGGGUGUUCUUUCGUCUAUUAAAUCGGAGAUGUUGAGUGAUUCUCGAUCCGUGAUCUUCCAUAAAAAAAAUUUCCUCCUCUCUUAGAUGAGAUUCGAGGUUGAGAAAAGAUCUGGUGUCCAUUCUAAUGAAGAAAUUUGCAAUUUUAUACCUUACGCU